GUCUCAGAGCGUCUGGUCUCCUUGAGCACCUCGACUUUUUGCCUCUUUGCUCUGGUUUCUGUGGGUUUUUGCUGCCCUGGCUUGGAGUUGUUGGGUGAAUCAUGAGUCUUUACGGCUCGCAGCGGGCGCUGCACACUCUGGGUAGAAGAACCGGCUCUCGCAGCGAUAUCGUCACUACUAACUACCCUAUCAGCCGCUCUGAAGUAGUGCACGGUGGCAAUGGAUACGGACAGGAGUACGCGGAGGACUACAAUUACACCUUUUCCAAAGGCUCAAUGGGGGCAGGACAGGGUCCUCCACCUGUGGCCAUCAUCCAUCAAAGAGCCUCUAUUCUUAAAAACCAGUGCCAAGAUUUGCUGCGUAAAGCCGAGUUUAUUUUACACAGUGGCACAGAUGGAGCACGAGCUGCUACAGAAGCUGAGCGCUGCAUGAUGUCUGCCAAAGAAUCCAUUGAGCAGCUCAAGGGUCUUGCCAUGGAGCUCCUAAAAAUGGGCCAGCCUAAUGACAACAUAGUUAUGAGUGUUGACCAGUGUACAGACCAACUGAAAGCAGUGCACAUGGCUCUGAGUGGCUCUCUGCAGAGGAAGACCCGGGGCAGCAGAGGCAGCAUCAGCUGGGACGAUGCAGGAAGAAGCUUUCAAGAUGCCAUUGCUUGGAUCAGCCAACAGAAGCGUAUGAUAGAGACCUCGCAGUGGGGAGAUGAUGUCGAAACCAUUGAGCAGCAAAUUAUGAAUCACAACAAAUUCCACAGCUCCAUUCAGAGAAGUAUGGAAGUGGAACGAGCUCAAACGGAACUGAGAGAAAGAGGAGACAAGGCCAACCAGAAUCUGCUCGAUCAGGAAUGGGACAGCCUACAGAAACUGUCAUUUGAACGUGGUGCUCAGCUGCAUGAGCUACAGAGCGUUCUUGGAGAGAUUACUCGAGAGAUCAUGUGGGUAAAUGAUCGAGAAGAGGAGGAACUGGUUUUUGACUGGGGCAACAAAAACAUUGAUGUUUACAUUCCCAAAAAGCAGGAGAGUUACUCGAGGUUAAUGAGUGACUUGGAGGAGAAAGAGAAACAAUUAAAUAAGCUCAAACUUAAGGUGGAUAACCUGCUAGCUAAAAAACAUCCUGCAUCAGACAAGAUAGAGGCCUAUAUGGAGACACUGCAGACCCAGUGGAGCUGGCUUCUCCAAAUCACCAAAUGCAUUCAUGUUCAUCUUAAAGAGAAUGCAGCUUACAGCCAGUUCUUUUCAGAAGCAAACGAGACGUAUAACAGACUGCAGCAACAGCAUGAGACAAUCCUAAAGAAAUUCAUCUGUGACAAAACAACACCCCUACCGAAUCUACAGGACAUGCUUAAAGAACUGGAGAGAGAGCAGGAGCAUCUAAUGGAGCAAAAGCAGCAGGUGCAGCAACUGGUAAAUAAAUCCAAAAAUAUUGUGAGACUGAGACCAAGAAACCCUGAGGAGAAGAGCAGCAGCCCUGUUAAAGUACAGGCAUUGUGUGAUUUCCGACAAGACCAGAAAGUGAUCUGUAAGGAGGAUGUGGGAAUUCUAAAAGAUAACUCUGAGCGCAGUAAGUGGCUUGUAACUGGACCUGGAGGCAUAGAUAUGGAGGUGCCCUCUGUGUGUUUGCUGGUGCCACCACCAAACCCACUCUCCAUCAACCUUGCCAACAAGAAUGAUCAGUAUUACGAGGCCAUUUUUUCAGUAAGAAACCAGCUGUUCAUCAACUUAAAGAGUCUCAUCUCCUGGCAGUACUGCCUUCACGACAUCAGUCGCAUCAAUUCACUGACCAUCUCCAUGCUGGCUCGUAUGCGUCCAGAGGACUACAGUAGCACCUUAAAGAGUUUAGAGACUCACUAUCAAGAAUACCAGAGGAAUUGCAUAGGCUCUGAGAUGUUUGGAGAUGAGGACAAGAAAGCCCUUGAGACUCAGUAUAGUGGAGCCCAGAAGCACUAUGAUGCACUAAUCAUACAGCUGCCAGCUUACUCUGGUCAGCGGGUGCAGCAAGUGGUAGUGGAUUCUUCUCUGACGGCAACAUCAGCUAAUAAAACAACAGUUUCAUCGAGCCCUAAAGUUUCAGUCAGUGGAAAUGUGCUCAGUGAGCUACAUGCUCUGCUGCUGAAACUGGAAGCUGCUGAGUCAUCUCUUAGCACUCACCAGCACAUUCCACUGGGACAGGCGGCACCAACACAGUGUACCAGCCAAAUCACCACCACACAGGCAGUUCAAAAGGAUGUGGGGUCAUUAAAAAAUGAGUUUUCGAGGUUGAAAGAGCAAGUUAAAAAAGAACUAGAAGGUAUGAAGGAUACAGACAAAGCUCAGUUUCUCCAUACGCAACUUAACAUUGUAAAGCAGAGACUGGACAGACUGGACUCUCAUUCUGCUACUUACCUGCUAAGGUUAAAGGCCCUGAAAUCUCUGCUGCAGUCCUUAUUACAGGCAGAGGAUGUUGUGAAGGUUUAUGAAGCUCGGCUCACCGAGAGAGAGACAACAUCACUGGACCCUAAUGAAGUCCUAGACUACCAGACUGCUCUUAGGAGCAUGCGUUCUGAACUUGAUCAAAAGGUUAACGUGUUGGGUACACUGGAAGCCGAGUCAAUUAAGGCCCAUCAGUACAAUAAGCAAAUUGAUAAGAACUGCCACAGGUGUGAUGUCGACUUGUGCUUUUACAAUGAACAUGUGAGCCAGAUAUCUGACCGCUGGAAGCGCAUUCAGACGCAGAUAAACAGCAGGAUUGGGGAUCUGGACUCAUAUCUGCAGCAGCUUCGACAGUAUCUGUACUCAAGUUCAGCUCUCAGUGCCUGGAUAGAUGAAACCAGAGGUCGUAUAGAUGCUCAGCUGAGCACAAAGACAGAUGAUAUCACAGUCCUCACCAGGCUUCUUAACCAACAAAAGGCUCUGAAUUCUGAUAUAGCAGCAAAGAGGGAGGCUGUGGAGGCUGUGCAGAGAGAUGGUGAUGCGUGUGUGAACACUAUAAAGGACUAUGAGCUCGGGUUGGCAUCGUACAGUGCUGGAUUAGAGACUCUGCUCAACAUCCCAAUUAAAAGGACCAUGCUGCAGUCUCCAUCUACUAUAGUGAUUCAAGAGCUUUCCUCUUUGCAAAGCCACUACUUAGAGCUACUUACACAUUCAAGUGAUUACUGCAAACAUCUUGGAAAUUCCCUUAAAAACCUGGAGGACCUUAAGAUAAGAAACACCAAGAUAGAUUUGCUUGAAGAGGAUCUAAGGCUUCUGAAGGCAGACAUUGAAGACCGUGAUGCUAAGAAUGCCUCGCUGCAAGAGGCACUCUCACGGUACAAGCUGAAGCUGAACGAAUCUCAGGAGCACCUCCUUUCUUUGGAGGAAGUAAAGAGGAGCCAGGCCUUUCAAUGCAGUUCAGCUCAGGCAAACCUAAGCACCUCUCAGACCCACCUGCAGGAGCUCAUAGAGGAGCUGAGACAAGUUAAGCUGCUUGUGGAGGUGGAGAAAAGAAAAAGGAAAGUUGUGGAGGAGAGGUACUCCAGUCAACAGGAAGAACACGAGGACGCAAUGCGUAAAAGACAAAAAGAGUUGGAGGGGGCUAACUGGGCUAAGCUUGAGAUGGAGAAGACAGUGUCCGAUCACACACGGGAAAUCGAACGCCUGCGGAGGCAGUUGGAAGGGGAGGCCCAGAACGUGAAGGAAGCACAGAUGCAGCUGGCUAAGGUAAGGCAGCAGCACAGCACUGAAAUAAGAGAGGUCAAACAGACCUAUGAGUCCCAAAUCCUGGUAACACAAACAAACGUACAGAAGCUUUCAAAGCAACGAGAAGACUCUUUGUCAAUGCGGAAGGAGUGUGACAGGUUGGAAAAGGAACAGAGGGAAUUGCAAGAGGAAUUAAAGAGGCUGCGCCUAGCCCUCAAUGAGGAGCAGGCUCAAAGAAGACAUGCAGAGGAGAUGCUACAGCAAAAAAGUGCAGCAUUAACAGAGGAAGCCAGGAAGAGAAGUAAGCUGGAGGGUCAGAUACAGCUCUUUCUAAGUCAGAAGAGUGCAGAAGAGGGCAGAUGGAAGGAAUCACAAGUAAGCACCAAUAGAGCUCUACAAGAGAAGAAUUUAGACAUUUCCGGCCUCACACAGUCUCUUGAGGACCAGUCACGCAAGAGGAAGACUCUUGAGGCAGAGAGGUCUCACCUGGAGAAGGAGCUGGCUGACCUUCGUGCAAAGCAUACAACCUGUAAUCAGGAACUAAUCCAACUUCGCUCUUCACAACAGGAGCUAAGCAUCCUCCGUGUUGAGGUGGAAACUAAGGGCAAUGAGAAAAAACGGGCAGAGCAAAAUCUUGCAAACCUUCAAGCAAGAGUCCAAGAACUCCAGGAGGAACUGAAACAGUUAGAUAGAGAGAUGAGUCAGCAAGUAAAGGUAGCGCAAGAAGAGGCUGCUAAGCGCAGGAGAUUAGAAGCUCAGCUUGAGAAAACCAAUCAGGCAAUGCGCGAGUACACCUCCACCAUCACUACUUUACAGAAGAGUCAGGAUGAGACCAGCGUUGAAUCCAAAAAAGCUGAGGAAAAGUGCAGACGGCUGCAGGAGGAUCUGGAUCGUAAAUCAAGUGAGUCUGGUGCCUCUGCUCAGCGUCUGAUCAUAUUGGAAGCUGAGAUGAAGACUUUGAAGGUAAAGCUAGCGCAGGAGCAAAGUCGGGUUUCUGAGACCACCCAUAGCUACGAAACCUUGCUCCGAAGCAUGGAAGAGAAAAGCCGAUCACUGAACCUGACUUCUGUCGAGGUGGAGCGUGUAAAGAGGCUUACCGAGACACUCAUCAAAGAGCGCCUCCGCGUAGAGGAAGAGUUGAGAGGGGUGCGUCUGGAGCAUGAAGAGCUGCUGCGAGGGAGGCAGCAUGAAGAUCAAGAGAUGAGCACCCAGAUAUCGACACUUCAGCAACAACUCAAAAACAGCCAGUUUGCCCGGGGAGAGCAUGACAACCUUGUCCAACAGCUCUCGCAAGAGAGAGAAAAGCUGCAGCUGGAGAUACAGAAUAUAAGAAAACAGGCCAGUGAGACUUCACAUUUGAUCCAGUCUUCACAGUCUCAGUGCACUGAAUUACAGCAAGAGAGAGAUGCCCUAAUCAAGAAGAUCAACAGUAUGGAGCAAGAAAUAGCCCGGCUGCAGAGAUUUCAGCAGGAGCAAGCUGAGCUCCAGACUCAGAGAGGUUCCUUGCAGGAGGAGUUGAUGAGACUAAAACAGAAAGCUGAUGCAGUAAACAGAUACACACAGACCGAUCACCCUGACUUAAGUAUUGAUCCCUCAAAUCUGGUCUUUGAUGGUGUCCGUAAAAAAGUCACAGCCCAGCAGCUGCAUGAAUGUGGUAUUAUUGACAAAGCAACACUUAACCAUUUGGUAAAGGGUCAAAAAACUGUCCAGGAUGUGAGUGUUGAUAUUAAGCUGAAUCUCAAGGGCACAGGAGCCAUUGCAGGACUGGCAGCUGGACCCACCGGAAAGAUGACCUUUACGGAGGCCAAGAGAGAAAACGUUAUCUCAACUGAGAGUGCAGUAAAACUGCUGGAGGCUCAAGCAGCCACAGGUCACAUUAUUGAUCCCAGAGCUAAUCUGAGGAUGACCGUGGAGGAGGCUUUUCUCAGUGGACUUGUGGAUGAAAGCGAUAAAGUACAGCUUCUAACUGCAGAGGCUGCCUGCACUGGAUUCAGAGAUCCAAAAACAACCAAACUAUUGUCAGCCAGUCAGGCAUUGAGAAAGGGGAUGAUUGAUCAAGCCACAGCUCUGCGACUUCUGCAGGCACAACAGGCAGCAGGAGGAAUCCUUGACCCUGUACUUAGUGUGUUUCUUCCCAAGGAUACUGCCAUGGAUCGUGAUCUGAUUGACGAAGCUCUUUAUCAAGCACUGAAUGAAAAGCCAAACUGCUACAUUGACCCAGAUACAAAUCUGAGUACUAGUUACGUCAGCCUGAAGAGGCAGUGUCAGGCUGAUUUUAACACAGGCUUAUUGCUGCUUCCAGCCCCUACAGCGCCGAUGACUGUGCAGGGCUUACGAGGAAAAGUUUCUGUGUCUGAACUUGUAUAUGCCAAAUUAUUGGAACCUUCAGACAUCGAUCAGCUAAAAGCCGGCAAGAUAACUAGUGAAGACAUUGAACAUAGACUUAGAGCCUACCUUCGGGGAUCAAGCUGUAUUGCUGGAGUCUACGAUGAAGCCAACAAACAGAUCUUGUCGAUCUACCAUGCUAUGAAGCAAAAGCUCUUGCGGCCGGGUACCACACUAGAGCUUCUGGAGGCCCAGGCAGCUUCUGGUUUUAUGAUUGACCCCAUUAACAACCAGUAUUACACUGUUGAUGAGGCUUGUAAGAAGGGCCUGGUUAAUGCAGAGUUCAAAGACAAGCUUCUCUCUGCUGAGAGAGCAGUGACUGGUUAUAAAGAUCCUGGUUCUGACAAGAUCAUCUCUCUCUUCCAGGCUAUUGAGAAGGGUCUUAUUGAAAAAGGCCAUGGCAUUCGCUUGUUAGAGGCGCAGAUAGCCAGUGGUGGUAUCAUUGAUCCAAAACAAAGCCACAGAAUUGAUGUGGAUGUGGCGUUUCAGAGAGGAUACUUUGAUGAAGAGAUGAAUCAGAUUCUAAAAGAUGAAGGAGAUGAUACUAAGGGAUUCUUUGAUCCUAACACCCAGGACAACUUGACCUACCUACAGCUGAAGAGUCGCUGUAUUACAGAUGAUAAAACUGGCCUUGUGCUUUUGCCACUUCAUGAUAAGAGCAAGACGUCGACACAAAAGAACACUACAAGAAAGACAAGGGUUGUGAUUGUAGAUCCAGACACCAACAAAGAAAUGACUGUACAUGAGGCCUACAAAAAGCAGUUCAUUGACUAUGAAACUUAUCUGGAGCUUUCCCAGCAGGAAUGUGAAUGGGAGGAGAUCACUGUCACUGCCUCAGAUGGUUCAAGCAGAGUGGUCAUUACUGACAGAAAGACAGGUCUCCAGUAUGAUCUGCAGGAACUGCUUGAUAAUGGUGUAAUCAGCCAAGACAACCUAAACAAGUAUCGUUCUGGAGAGAUAACUCUUACACAGUUUGUCGACAUCAUCAAACCUGUGUGCAAGCCCCUCAGCUCCUCGUCCUCCUCCUCAUUCUCAUCUCAAACAAUCAAAUCAGAAAUCAAGACUACUGUCGGAGGUGCUCCUUUGCAUCAACGUCCUUCCUCACCAAACAAUGUAAAGCGCAUUUCGAGCAUGUCAAUCACUUUGACAUCACCUGGUGAGUUUACAGAAGAACAGAGUCCAGUUGGGGCCAUCUUCGACACAGAGAAGUCAGAAAAGAUCAGCAUAUGUGAAGCCAUGAAGCGUGGCCUUGUAGACUCCGUCACAGCCCAACGACUGCUAGAGGCACAAGCCUGCACCGGAGGCAUUGUAAACCCAGAGGACGGUCGCCGCAUCUCUGUUCAGGAAGCUACCCGCAUUGGCAUAAUCGAUGAAGACAUGGCUAACCGGCUAAAAUCUGCUCAGAAGGCCUACAUUGGCUUUGAGGAUAUCAAGACCAAGAAGAAAAUGUCAGCAGCUGAGGCAGUUAAAGAAAAAUGGUUACCGUUUGAGGCUGGACAGCGUUUCCUUGAGUUUCAGUUUUUAACAGGAGGCCUCUUUGAUCCACAGCAUGGUCAGAAACGCACACUGGCUGAGGCUGUACAACUGGGAUGGCUGGAUGAAAGAGCAGCCCAGAAGCUUAUGGAUACACGUCACCAUUCCAAGAUACUGACCUGCCCCAAGACCAAGCUGAGAAUUUCUUACAAAGAGGCUAUCAAUGCAUGCAUGGUGGAGGAUAAAACAGGAGUUAACAUGCUUCCAGCAGCCACUACAUCCUCAGGUGGAAUCAGCAGCCCCUACAAUUCCAACCCGAGCUCUGCUCCAGGGUCCCGCAGAGGCAGCGUGGAUUAUACUAUUUCCACCUCAUCAUCCACAACCAGAUGCAGUAGCACCAGCUACAAAAGUACCUCUUUCAGCAGCAGAUCUCAGUCAUAGAGAAAAGCAUUAACAAAAGAAGUUAUCUAUCAACAUGUAGAACCUUUGUAUCAAAAUAAUUCUAAUCUGUAUUAACUUAGAAAGAUGUAGGUGUAUUAAUACGUGAGUUACCAGCUGAUUUUGAACUGCAAAAGAUUUGACCCUUAAAUGAAAACAACAUAUCUUACUUUGUGAUUUAUUAUAAGUAUUUUAAAAUCUGGUGACAUUUUCAUCAAGUGCCUCAUUACAGAAGGAUCUCAGUAGUUCCAAGCUUUUGUUUGAUUAACUGUUAAUUACAGUAGCAGAUCCAUAUAUCCUAUCAUAGCAUGCUUUUGUAUUAGAUUAUUCUACAUACUACAUACAUAAACAGGGCUUUGGGAAUAAAGUUAUAAAAAUAACACAACGUCUGUAUUUUUGCAGCAGUGUAAUUUGUAGCUAAAAGUUAAACUGGAUAUUAAAAUGCUUUAAUAAUAAUGCAUUGAUUAUUAGAAAUAAUCUUAACAUGUGCCUUGACUACUGUCUUUUUAACUGAGU